UUGAUCUGGGUUUUUUCUUGAAGAUUAAAAGGAAAUAGAUAUGAAUUCUUCUUCUUGGGCGGAUGCCUUGGAUCUUAAUGCUUCAGCUAGGUCCCUUCAACUGGAAACUACUACUCCGAAGGAGACAAAUGGCAGCAACUUUGUUGUAUUUGGAAGGAAACUUACAGUGAAAGAAGAGACGGAUGCUUUAGUGGACGAAUUGAACCGUGUGAACGAAGAGAAUAAGAAGCUGACGCAGAUGCUAACAGCAAUGUGUGAGAGUUACAAUGCAUUACAAAGCCAGUUGGGGGAUUUAAUGAGCAACAACAAGCAGGAAAAGUUUGAGCUUAGUCCGACGAAGAAACGGAAGUCCGAGAGCAACGGCGACGAUGAGAACAAGAACAACAUCGUCGGAAAUUCUGAGAGCAGCUCAACCGAUGAAGAAUCAUGUAAGAAACCUAGAGAAGAAAUCAUCAAGGCCAAAGUUUCAAGAGCCUAUGUGAGAACUGAUGCUUCUGAUACCAGUCUUGUCGUAAAAGAUGGAUAUCAAUGGAGGAAAUAUGGCCAAAAGGUCACCAGGGAUAAUCCUUCCCCAAGAGCUUACUUCAAGUGCUCCUUCGCACCUAGCUGCCCCGUUAAAAAGAAGGUACAAAGAAGCGUUGAUGACCAGUGUGUUGUAAUUGCAACAUAUGAAGGCGAGCAUAAUCACCUUCCCCCAUCUCAAAUGGAAGCAACAUCGGGUUCCAGCCGUUGCGUGAGCCUCAGUUCGGUCCCUGCCGGUUCGGCCUUGGUCAAGUCGGCAGGACCGACCAUUACUCUAGACCUCACGAAACCAAAGUCCGGCGUUGAUGAAGCUAGGAAUCACUCCAAACCGAAAAUAGAAUCACCCGAAAUCAAGCAAUAUUUGGUGGAACAUAUGGCAUCUUCUUUAACAAAAGACCCCAAUUUCACUGCGGCACUUGCAGCUGCCAUUUCAGGAAGAUUGUAUUCAACAAAUUCCAAAUGAAAGAUGAAUCGGAUAUACACACACACACAUGUAUAUGAAAAUAUGUUCUAUUCUAUUAUUCUAUGAGCUAUAUAAGUAGAUGUUUUCAAAUAGUACAACAAUGCAGAAGAAGGGAGAAAAAGAAACCAAAUAUGAAUCUGUUUAAGCACCAGCUUCUUGUAAAUAUAUAUUUUUAAUUUUAGUUUCAACUUCAAAUUGUUUUCA